CAGUUUUAAAUGUGAGUUUUAAAUUUUAAGUCUUAAUAAACUAAAUAUGAUAUAAUUGAAUCCAAAUCAAGGCCAUGUCAUUUUUCCCGUCACUGCUACCUAAAAUAUCAAAUGAACUCUGGUUCAAUGUUGAAAGUAAUACAACAGUCCCAGAUGAAAGCGAGUUGGUAAAAGAAGAGACAAAAUACAAGGAAGAAAUGGAAGCUGUCAUCAAAGAUGGCGAAGACAUUGUUCCAUAUGGGAAAACUAAAGAGGCGAGUGAUAAUGCAGGAGAAGAUGAAGAUGAAAUUGAAGAUGAUGAUAGCAAUGAGGAAAUUGAUGAAGAUACUGACGAGUUUGAUACAGCCAGCAAUGGUUUGGACUCAAUUGAAGAUGAUAUGUUAAACGCUUCUGGAAUGAAUGAGACAAAUGAUGGAUGGUAGCAGUAAUAGUCGUACCGUAGAAACAUUUUUAUUGCUGUGUCUUUAUAAUUUCCAUUUUUCUAGUAAACCCACCCUUUUAGCAUGUGUUAAAAAAAUGCUGCAUAGCCCAUAAUACAUACAGAUUAUAAUUUUUUAUUGAGUUUUUACCAUCUACGUAUUUCUUUCACAAUGCAUGCUUAUCAGAAAGUUUUUGCUGGUCAGUCAAAAUAUUUAUAGCAAAAGUCUCUUCCCAAAACAUGAUCUUUACACUAUAAUACUUUGUGUGAUACAUAAAGUAGAAUUACAUUCUUUUAUUAUACAGAACAGAUUUGUGUUUUUGUGCAUUUCUGUGACCUUUUUUUUAAAAAGUGAAUUUCUUUCGUUGAGAAUAAUACCAAUCAAAGUUCAUGCUUUGAAAAGAAAACCCACUCGACUGAUAUACCAACCUCUCCAGUAAACCUUCAUUAAUUUGUUAUGUUCAAUGAAUAGUACCGUGGCAGAAAUAAUAUAGAGUAGAGAUGGUACUGAUAAAAAGGUGUAACUGUACAUAAUAUCUUUUCUAUUACAUGUAAAAGUCGGUAUAAUUGUAAAUAUAAAACGCUACCCUUAAAAAUCUUGUGUGCAUUUGUUGUUAUUUUCUUGUAAAUUAGUUAGUGUCUGAUAAUCGACGAAUAGGUUUAUAGCCAUGAUUAUGUUAUACAUAUAUAUAUGGAUAAAAAUGUUGAAGAAACAAAAAAAGUUAAAAUAAA